AUGUGCUUCGGUUCCAGCAAAAUCCACGACGACCCCUACUGGUGGGGCUACAUCGACGACGGCCAAGGCUGGACAGCGCGUCCCAAAUCCGAGUACAUGAAAACACCCGAGUACAACCCAGAGCUACGACGCCAAUUAAAAAGGGAGCGCAAGGAGCGGAAACUAGAGGCCAAGGAGGCGGAGAAGAGGAUGAGGAAGGGGUGGUUGGAGGGGUCGGGGGCGUCGAAGUUGAAGGCGAAGUCGGAAACAGGGUGA